GUUUAAACUUUGAAUCGCUUUGGAAGACAGACCUCGUAAAGGAGCGGAAAAUAAUCAAAGGUUUCUCAAUGUAUGUUUGUAUUCUUUCAAGAAUAAAAAGCUAUUUGGUUGAGUUUGUCACAAAACGCACGUCGCGGUUCGGUUUUGGUUGACUCAUCCGUGAAAUACGAUCUCCAAUUGAAUGCACACCAAGAAGUUGUCAGAGAGAGCCAUUGGUUGUAAGGGGCCUUGAAAGACUCAGGAAGCCGGACCUUAUGGGUCACUGUACGACUUUGUUUACACUCCACAGUCUGAAAUGCUAAAAAGAAACCUUAGGAAUUCAACGAUUAGAGAAUCAAGGAAGAAGAAAGAAGAAAUAUUGCAGUCGGCAUUGGAAUUUCUGAAUACUGGAGACAUUUAUCUGGCCUCGUGCCCGAAACCAAGACCUUCUGCUGUUAGAAAAGGCUCUCGGCAAUGUCACAGCAACUUUUUCAGGAAAAGAGCUUGUCGUGUUUCAUAAAGAAGUAAAACAAGAAUUUAUUUUCGAUGACAGAUAACAGAAGUCCGUGAUAUUCAAAAUGAGUCGGAUGAAUCGAGCUGGCUCGAUUAUUCUAAUCUUAACUGGUAUCUUGAUGUUCGCUUCCUGGAAGGCAAACGCCCAAAAUUGUACAGAAGAGUGUCAUUCCAGUGCAUAUUGUAACAAUGGAACUUGUGAAUGCAAUUUAGGAUUUUCAGGAAACGGGACAAUCUGCUCAGAUGUUGACGAAUGCUCAACCAAUGCGCAUUCUUGUCAUUCAAAUGCGUCUUGUACAAACACAGUUGGCAACUACACUUGUUCAUGUAAUGAUGGUUUUGUAGGAGAUGGCACACAUUGUACAGAUGUUGACGAAUGCUCAACCAAUGCGCAUUCUUGUCACUCAAACGCGUCUUGUACAGACACAGUUGGCAACUACACUUGUUCAUGUAAUGAUGGUUUUGUAGGAGAUGGCACACAUUGUACAGAUGUUGACGAAUGCUCAACCAACGCGCAUUCUUGUCACUCAAACGCCUCUUGUACAAACACAGUUGGCAACUACACUUGUUCAUGUAAUGAUGGUUUUGUAGGGGAUGGCAGAUAUUGUAUAGAUGUUGACGAAUGCUCAACCAACGCGCAUUCUUGUCACUCAAACGCGUCUUGUACAAACACAGUUGGCAACUACACUUGUUCAUGUAAUAGUGGUUUUGUAGGAGAUGGCAGAAAUUGUAACGAUAUUGACGAAUGCUCAACCAAUGCGCAUUCUUGUCACUCAAACGCGUCUUGUACAGACACAGUUGGCAACUACACUUGUUCAUGUAAUGAUGGUUUUGUAGGGGAUGGCAGAUAUUGUACAGAUGUUGACGAAUGCUCAACCAACGCGCAUUCUUGUCACUCAAACGCCUCUUGUACAAACACAGUUGGCAACUACACUUGUUCAUGUAAUGAUGGUUUUGUAGGGGAUGGCAGAUAUUGUACAGAUGUUGACGAAUGCUCAACCAACGCGCAUUCUUGUCACUCAAACGCGUCUUGUACAAACACAGUUGGCAACUACACUUGUUCAUGUAAUAGUGGUUUUGUAGGAGAUGGCAGAAAUUGUAACGAUAUUGACGAAUGCUCAACCAAUGCGCAUUCUUGUCACUCAAACGCGUCUUGUACAAACACAGUUGGCAACUACACUUGUUCAUGUAAUGAUGGUUUUGUAGGGGAUGGCAGAUAUUGUACAGAUGUUGACGAAUGCUCAACCAACGCGCAUUCUUGUCACUCAAACGCGUCUUGUACAAACACAGUUGGCAACUACACUUGUUCAUGUAAUAGUGGUUUUGUAGGAGAUGGCAGUAAUUGUAACGGUUCGUUUCUAUCAAAGAAAGUAUCGUAUACUUGUCACUCUAACGCGUCUUGUACAAACACAGUUGGCAACUACACUUGUUCAUGUAAAAGUGGUUUUGUAGGAGAUGGCAGAAAUUGUAACGAUGUUGAGGAAUGCUUACUCAAUGCUCAUACUUGUCACUCAAACGCCUCUUGUACAAACACAGUUGGCAACUACACUUGUUCAUGUAAUAGUGGUUUUGUAGGAGAUGGCAGAAAUUGUACAGAUGUUGACGAAUGCUCAACCAAUGCUCAUACUUGUCACUCUAACGCGUCUUGUACAAACACAGUUGGCAACUACACUUGUUCAUGUAAAAGUGGUUUUGUAGGAGAUGGCAGAAAUUGUAACGAUGUUGAGGAAUGCUUACUCAAUGCUCAUACUUGUCACUCAAACGCCUCUUGUACAAACACAGUUGGCAACUACACUUGUUCAUGUAAUAGUGGUUUUGUAGGAGAUGGCAGAAAUUGUACAGAUGUUGACGAAUGCUCAACCAAUGCUCAUACUUGUCACUCUAACGCGUCUUGUACAAACACAGUUGGCAACUACACUUGUUCAUGUAAAAGUGGUUUUGUAGGAGAUGGCAGAAAUUGUAACGAUGUCGAGGAAUGCUUACUCAAUGCUCAUACUUGUCACUCAAACGCCUCUUGUACAAACACAGUUGGCAACUACACUUGUUCAUGUAAUAGUGGUUUUGUAGGAGAUGGCAGAAAUUGUACAGAUGUUGACGAAUGCUCAACCAAUGCUCAUACUUGUCACUCUAACGCGUCUUGUACAAACACAGUUGGCAACUACACUUGUUCAUGUAAAAGUGGUUUUGUAGGAGAUGGCAGAAAUUGUAACGAUGUUGAGGAAUGCUUACUCAAUGCUCAUACUUGUCACUCAAACGCCUCUUGUACAAACACAGUUGGCAACUACACUUGUUCAUGUAAUAGUGGUUUUGUAGGAGAUGGCAGAAAUUGUAACGAUGUUGAGGAAUGCUUACUCAAUGCUCAUACUUGUCACUCAAACGCCUCUUGUACAAACACAGUUGGCAACUACACUUGUUCAUGUAAUAGUGGUUUUGUAGGAGAUGGCAGAAAUUGUACAGAUGUUGACGAAUGCUCAACCAAUGCUCAUACUUGUCACUCUAACGCCUCUUGUACAAACACAGUUGGCAACUACACUUGUUCAUGUAAAAGUGGUUUUGUAGGAGAUGGCAGAAAUUGUAACGAUGUUGAGGAAUGCUUACUCAAUGCUCAUACUUGUCACUCAAACGCCUCUUGUACAAACACAGUUGGCAACUACACUUGUUCAUGUAAUAGUGGUUUUGUAGGAGAUGGCAGAAAUUGUACAGAUGUUGACGAAUGCUCAACCAAUGCUCAUACUUGUCACUCUAACGCGUCUUGUACAAACACAGUUGGCAACUACACUUGUUCAUGUAAAAGUGGUUUUGUAGGAGAUGGCAGAAAUUGUAACGAUGUUGAGGAAUGCUUACUCAAUGCUCAUACUUGUCACUCAAACGCCUCUUGUACAAACACAGUUGGCAACUACACUUGUUCAUGUAAUAGUGGUUUUGUAGGAGAUGGCAGAAAUUGUACAGAUGUUGACGAAUGCUCAACCAAUGCUCAUACUUGUCACUCUAACGCGUCUUGUACAAACACAGUUGGCAACUACACUUGUUCAUGUAAAAGUGGUUUUCUAGGAGAUGGCAGAAAUUGUAACGAUGUUGACGAAUGCUCAACCAAUGCUCAUACUUGUCACUCAAACGCGUCUUGUACAAACACAGUUGGCAACUACACUUGUUCAUGUAAUAGUGGUUUUGUAGGAGAUGGCAGAAAUUGUAACGAUGUUGAGGAAUGCUUACUCAAUGCUCAUACUUGUCACUCAAACGCCUCUUGUACAAACACAGUUGGCAACUACACUUGUUCAUGUAAUAGUGGUUUUGUAGGAGAUGGCAGAAAUUGUAACGAUGUUGAGGAAUGCUUACUCAAUGCUCAUACUUGUCACUCAAACGCCUCUUGUACAAACACAGUUGGCAACUACACUUGUUCAUGUAAUAGUGGUUUUGUAGGAGAUGGCAGAAAUUGUACAGAUGUUGACGAAUGCUCAACCAAUGCUCAUACUUGUCACUCUAACACGUCUUGUACAAACACAGUUGGCAACUACACUUGUUCAUGUAAAAGUGGUUUUGUAGGAGAUGGCAGAAAUUGUAACGAUGUUGACGAAUGCUCAACCAAUGCGCAUUCUUGUCACUCAAACUCGUCUUGUACAAACACAGUUGGCAACUACACUUGUUCAUGUAAUAGUGGUUUUGUAGGAGAUGGCAGACAUUGUACAGAUGUUGACGAAUGCUCAACCAAUGCGCAUUCUUGUCACUCAAACUCGUCUUGUACAAACACAGUUGGCAACUACACUUGUUCAUGUAACAGUGGUUUUGUAGGAGAUGGGAGAAAUUGUACAGAUGUUGACGAAUGCUCAACCAAUGCGCAUUCUUGUCACUCAAACGCGUCUUGUACAAACACAGUUGGCAACUACACUUGUUCAUGUAAAAGUGGUUUUGUAGGAGAUGGCAGAAAUUGUAACGAUGUUGAGGAAUGCUUACUCAAUGCUCAUACUUGUCACUCAAACGCCUCUUGUACAAACACAGUUGGCAACUACACUUGUUCAUGUAAUAGUGGUUUUGUAGGAGAUGGCAGAAAUUGUAACGUUGUUGACGAAUGCUUACUCAAUGCUCACACUUGUCACUCAAACGCUUCUUGUACAAACACAGUUGGCAACUACACUUGUUCAUGUAAUAGUGGUUUUGUAGGAGAUGGCAGAAAUUGUAAAGAUGUUGAGGAAUGCUUACUCAAUGCUCAUACUUGUCACUCAAACGCCUCUUGUACAAACACAGUUGGCAACUACACUUGUUCAUGUAAUAGUGGUUUUGUAGGAGAUGGCAGAAAUUGUAACGAUGUUGAGGAAUGCUUACUCAAUGCUCAUACUUGUCACUCUAACGCCUCUUGUACAAACACAGUUGGCAACUACACUUGUUCAUGUAAUAGUGGUUUUGUAGGAGAUGGCAGAAAUUGUAAAGAUGUUGACGAAUGCUCAACUAAUGCUCAUACUUGUCACUCAAACGCCUCUUGUACAAACACAGUUGGCAACUACACUUGUUCAUGUAAUAGUGGUUUUGUAGGAGAUGGCAGAAAUUGUAACGAUGUUGAGGAAUGCUUACUCAAUGCUCAUACUUGUCACUCAAACGCGUCUUGUACAAACACAGUUGGCAACUACACUUGUUCAUGUAAUAGUGGUUUUGUAGGAGAUGGCAGAAAUUGUAAAGAUGUUGACGAAUGCUCAACCAAUGCGCAUUCUUGUCACUCAAACUCGUCUUGUACAAACACAGUUGGCAACUACACUUGUUCAUGUAAUAAUGGUUUUUCAGGAGAUGGCAGAAAUUGUACAGAUGUCGAUGAAUGUGCUGCUGAGAAUGGCCGUUGUGACACUAAUGCUGUUUGUCAGAAUAACAUCGGAUCCUUUGUUUGUACUUGCAAUAGUGGAUUCCAGGGCAAUGGACAAGUAUGCAAUGACACCAAUGAAUGCCUAAGCUAUCAGCUGCAUGGAUGUGAACAUAACUGUACAAACACUGCUGGUAGUUACCAGUGCUCCUGUCUUGCUGGAUAUCGUUUGACCAAUAAUACAAAUUGUACUGAUAUCAAUGAAUGCAGCGAAAAUACUCACAGCUGUCAUGCGAAAGCAACUUGCCUUAACAGCAUUGGCUCAUUUUCCUGCUCUUGCAACUAUGGGUACACUGGAAAUGGCACAUACUGCAAAGAGGAUCGUUUGUUUGUCUUCGACAAAUCGCGGCUCCUUGUGGCAGAUGACCGACGGGAAUAUUUAAAUGUUCCAUCUGGUAUCCCUAUAGGCAACCAAAUUUACAAAAAUGUUCAUGUAUGCACUAAUGGAUUUUUUACGUUCCAAUCGGCAUAUUGCACCUGGAAUCCAAACUUCAUUCCCGGUCUGGUGAUUUUCCCUGCUUUUUGGCAUGAUAUUGACUUUAGAGGAGGUAAUGGUGGAUUCUCAGCUACAAAACAUGAAAGCAGUCAAAAUGAUGAUCUCACAGUGAAGCUUUUCAACCAAACUAACACCUAUUUGCAGAAAUACGCCAAUGUGACCAAUUUCGCUGCAACUACUGUUCUUCUUGGAACCUGGCUUAAGGGAACCCCAUAUCCAUACUAUAACUAUCUGGAAACGGACCAGCAUGUCACUUUUCAAAUAAAUAUUGCUACCGAUGGAAAAACAACUCACAUAUCGUAUGUUUACGACGACGAGGGAAUGUUGUGGUCACAGCAGUGGAUCAGGCCAAAAUAUGGAUAUGCCUAUCCUACUGUAAAUGGUCGGGCACUAAAAUCGGAAACUCUAAAUGUGCCAGGAAAUCCAAGCACUUAUAGAUUCGACAGCGUCAUUGGUAACACAAACUACAAAGGCAGGUGGUCGUGGAAAGUAGCUGAAAAUCUAGAUAACAAUGCUGCACAGUGCUAUAAUUGGUACAAUAAGCAACCAAGUGAAGGAUAUAUCAGCGUAAUAAGAAACCAUGCUAGAACUGAUUGCCCCUGCUUAUUGAUGCAAGCACGUUUCGACAGAAGAUUUAGGCGCUCGUCGUUUUCUUCAAGCAUGGAAUGCUAUCAAGAUCGAGCGACGUUCGUCUUUGUGGGUACAUCUGUAUCUUUCUACACAAAAUGCUGCUAUGAAAGUCGUGAUGGAUCUCUUAUCAAUGAUGUUAAUAACGCAGAAAUGGGAACUAAUACUCAGAAACACAUAACACAAGCUUACAAUUGGCUCAAUGUUUUAUUCUCCCGGUCAAUCAGAAGAUCUGCUAGGAGGCAAGCCAUGCAAGACGAUGAAAGCGCCUUUGAGUACUGUUGUCAAAGAACAUCUUUAUGCAAUCUCUACAUAGAGAAGAGGCCAGUUCCAACUUGCUUUUGGUAUACACCGCCAACCAUGGCCUGGACCGGUGGUGAUCCACACAUAAGAACGCUUGAUGGGUAUACGUACACAUUUAAUGGCAUUGGUGACUACAAUUUGCUGACGGCCGUGACAAACACCAGUCAGUUCUUUCUACACUCGAGAAUGAGCAAAGCAACUGUGAACCCCAAUUCAACAAUUGCAGAAUCCAGAGCUACGGUUUUCUCAGCCUUUGCUCUAAAAACUGAUCAAGGGCCUUUGGUCGAAUUAUAUUUGAACGUUUCAACCGGAGAAGUUACCUUGCUUGUCGGCAAACAACCUUAUUCAACAACCUACUUCAAUACAACUCAAAGUAUAAACGAUACAGAUAUUACAUGGAACGUCGGCAACAAAACUCAAUUUUCUGUCUUCUAUGAAACGGGUGUUGGUGCGGUUAUCGACGUUUUUAAAAGUCAGCUCACCAUUCAAGUGACGUCAUCUGUUGAGUUUGUAAAUAAAACUGUUGGACUUCUUGGUGUUCAAAACGGUGAUACAAGUGACGACCUCACCAGGCCCAAUGGAUCGUCAAUUUCUCUUAAUUCCACUCAGCAGACAAUUUACUUUGAAUUUGGCUUACUUUGGAAUGUCACAGGAAAUGCAUCACUAUUUUCUAAUCACGACACAGAGUAUGACCCAAAUUUUGUACCUCAGUUCUACGAUACCAUCAACGAUUUAUUUGGCAACAACACACAGCUUAGAAGUGACGCAGAGGCUGUUUGUGGAUCCACAAAUUUUCAAUGCUUGUUCGAUUAUGCUUUGACAGCUGACGGCAAUGCUGUGCAACAAGCGCAGUCAUCUUUGCAAGAUUUCCAGACUGAACAAAAUACUCUAAAUACCUACCCGCCGAAAGUAACUGGACCAACCACUUUGAUUGUCACUUACCAAGAGCAGUAUAGUUUCCAAAUCGUAGCAUCAAGCAAUACUUCCUCGAAUCUCACCUAUGCUGUGGAGACGAAUGGUACAAAUGUCGAAGUAGAUUCGCUUUCUGGGAACGUCAUUUGGAACAUUAAUAGCACAGACUUCCGCCUUAAAUUCUUGGUAACAGAUUCUAACAACAACACUGCCGCUCUGUCCCCAACUGUAACCCUAUGUUAUUGCCUCAACAAUGCUUCAUGUAAUUCAUCUAUGAGCAAUGAGAUCACGCAACCGUUUAAUAACCUGCUUACCUAUGCUGCAUGUACAUGUACUUCCGGUUUUACGGGAGCAUUUUGUCAAGAAUCUAUUACCUACUGUUUAGAAGAUCCAUGUUUUGAGGGAGUCAACUGCACGAACAACGUAACUACCAGAUCUGCUGUGUGCGACUCCUGUCCAACUGGUUAUGAGGGUGAUGGAAGAAAAUGUUUCGAUUUCGACGAAUGUGUCAACGGAACCCAUCAAUGCAACCAGAUCUGUAGCAACACACUAGGAGGGUACAACUGUUCCUGUUCAUCUGGUUACGAGCCUUUGAAUGCGACAUACUGUAUAGAUAUCAACGAGUGCACUGGAGCGGCUCACAAUUGCAGUUCGUACGCCACAUGUAUAAAUACUCCAGGGUUAUAUAACUGCUCUUGUAACCAGGGUUUCACUGGAAACGGGACAUUCUGCCAAGAUUUUGAUGAAUGUGCCUCUAGUAGCACAAACAACUGCCAGCAACUUUGUAACAACACAAUUGGAGGGUAUAAUUGCUCCUGUAUGAAUGGAUUUAUCCCUGCUAACUCAACCCAUUGUGAAGACAUUGAUGAAUGUGCCUCUAGUAGCACAAACAACUGCCAGCAACUAUGUAACAACACAAUCGGAGGGUAUAAUUGCUCCUGUGUGAAUGGAUUUAUCCCUGCUAACUCAACCCAUUGUGAAGACAUUGAUGAAUGUGCCUCUAGUAGCACAAACAACUGCCAGCAACUAUGUAACAACACAAUCGGAGGGUAUAAUUGCUCCUGUGUGAAUGGAUUUAUCCCUGCUAACUCAACCCAUUGUGAAGACAUUGAUGAAUGUGCCUCUAGUAGCACAAACAACUGCCAGCAACUUUGUAACAACAAAAUUGGAGGGUAUAAUUGCUCCUGUAUGAAUGGAUUUAUCCCUGCUAACUCAACCCAUUGUGAAGACAUUGAUGAAUGUGCCUCUAGUAGCACAAACAACUGCCAGCAACUAUGUAACAACACAAUCGGAGGGUAUAAUUGCUCCUGUAUGAAUGGAUUUAUCCCUGCUAACUCAACCCAUUGUGAAGACAUUGAUGAAUGUGCCUCUAGUAGCACAAACAACUGCCAGCAACUAUGUAACAACACAAUUGGAGGCUACAAUUGUUCCUGUUUCGAUGGAUUCACGUCAAUAAAUACAACACAUUGCCAAGUUUCAAUAUCAAGCUCCUUAACAUCCAUUGUUGAAGUGGUAACAUCUAGUUUUUCUGAAACUCCAUCAUCAACACAAAUCACAAGUUCUUUUGCUGACGUGUUUACACCAAGUUCUUCUGUGGAUCAGUCAUCAUCACAAAUCACAAGUUCUUUUGCUUACGUGUUUACACCAAGUUCUUCUGUGGAUCAGUCAUCAACACAAAUCACAAGUUCUUUUGCUGACGUGUUUACACCAAGUUCUUCUGUGGAUCAGUCAUCAACACUAAUCACAAGUUCUUUUGCUGACGUGUUUACACCAAGUUCUUCUGUGGAUCAGUCAUCAACACAAAUCACAAGUUCUGUUGCUGACGUGUUUACACCAAGUUCUUCUGUGGAUCAGUCAUCAACACAAAUCACAAGUGCUUUUGCUGACGUGUUUACAUCAAGUUCUUCUGUGGAUCAGUCAUCAACACUAAUCACAAGUUCUUUUGCUGACGUGUUUACACCAAGUUCUUCUGUGCAUCAGUCAACAACACUAAUCACAAGUUCUUUUGCUGACGUGUUUACAACAAGUUCUUCUGUGGAUCAGUCAUCAACACUAAUCACAAGUUCUUUUGCUGACGUGUUUACACCAAGUUCUUCUGUGGAUCAGUCAUCAACACAAAUCACAAGUUCUUUUGCUGACGUGUUUAUACCUAGUUCUUCUGUGGAUCAGUCAACAACACCAACAACAAGUUCUGUCGCAGCCGUGUUGUCAUCAAGUUCUUCUGAAGCCCAGUCAUCAACACCAACAACAAGUUAUGUCGCAGCCGUGUUAUCAUCAAGUUCUUCUGAAGCCCAGUCAUCAACACCAACAACAAGUUCUGUCGCAGCCGUGUUGUCAUCAAGUUCUUCUGAAACUCCAUCAUCAACACUAAUCACAAGUUCUUUUGCUGACGUGUUUACACCAAGUUCUUCUGUGGAUCAGUCAUCGACACUAAUCACAAGUUCUUUUGCUGACGUGUUUACACCAAGUUCUUCUGUGGAUCAGUCAUCAACACAAAUCACAAGUUCUUUUUGCUGA